AUGACUGUGGUACCAGCAAUCCACCAGAUGGUGUCGUCGGGCUGGCGGCCUGGCUGGAACAAUGAUGACAGGAUGCGCGCUGGGGACAUCUCUGCGUCCGGCAUACCCAAGUUGACGAAAGGUACACCUGGCCACCUCAACCUGCUACACCCUGGCCUCAACACUACACACCUGCACCUCAACACUGCUACCCUGGCACCUCCAGUAUCACCCUGGCCACCUCAACCUACUGCUGCACCCUGGCCACCUCCAACACUGCUAGACCCUGGCCACCUCAACACUGCUACACCCUGGCCACCUCCCAACACUAAUACUGCCACCUCACUGCACUACACCACCGGUCAACUCAACACUGCUACACCCUGGCCACCUCAACACUGCUACACCUGGCCACCUCAACACUGCUACACCGUGGACACCUCAACCCUGAUACACCCUGGCCACUUCAACACUGCUACACCUGGCCACCUCAACACUGCUACAGGCCACCUCAACACUGCUACACCUGGCCACCUCAACACUGCUACACCUGGCCACCUCAACACUGCUACACCCUGCUACAACCUGCUGCACCUAUACCUCAACACUGCACACCCUGGCCUCAACCUGCUACACCUGGCCACCUCAACUACUGCUGCACCUGGCCACCUCAACACUGCUACAUCCUGGCCACCACAACACUGCUACACCUGGCCAACUCAACACUGCUACACCCUGGCCACCUCAACACUCGACACCUGGCUCCUCAACACUGCUACACCUAGCCACCUCCAAUGCUGCACCCAUCCUGGCCACCUCACACUGCUACACCUAGCCACCUCAACACUGCAACGCCUUGCCACCUCAACACUGCUACACCUGGCCACCUCAACACUGUUCACUUGCACCUCAACACUGCUGCACCUGGCCACCUCAACACUGCUACACCUGGCCACCUCAACACUGCUACACCCUGGCCACCUCAAUACUGCUACACCAGGCCACCUCAACACUGCCACACCUGGCCUCAACACUGCUACACCCUGGCCACCUCAACACUGCACACCCUGCCACCUCAACACUGUCUCGUGGCCACCUCAAUACUGCUACACCCCGGCUGCCUCAGCUGCUACACCCUGGCCACCUCAACAGCUACACCCUGGCCACCUCAACGCAACUACCUGGCCACCUCAUGCUGAUACACCCUGGCCAUCUCAAUACUGCUUGCAGGCCACCUCAACACUGGGCACCCUGGCCACCUCAACACUGCUACACCUGGCCACCUCAACACUGCUACAUCCUGCCACCACAACACUGCACCCUGGCCACACUCAACACUGCUACAACCUGCACCUCAACACUGUUACACCCUCACCUCAACACUGCUACACCCUGGCCACACUCCUGCUGCAUCCUGGCCCACCUCACUGCUACACACUGGCACCUCAACACUGCAACGCCCUGCUACCUCAACACUGCUACACCCUGGCCACCUCCCACACACACCUGGCCACCUCAACACUGCUACUCUGGCCAACUCAAUACUGCUGCACCUAG